CUUUCUCUCUCUCUCUCAAAAACUCUCUCUUUCCUUUUCUUCUUCUUCUACCCGUGAAAGACACACACACACACCCAUUGUUGCACCUGCUUGAGGACACAUCCACCAUCAUCACCAAACCUUAGCUUUCUCUCUCUCUCUCUCCCUUGCUCGCGGUGCCGGAGGACACGAACACUUCCGGCGAGUUUUAGCUUGUUUUUCCGGUUGGGUUUUGGAGUGUUUUGGCACGGGUAAAGGCACCCAAAUUUUUCCGGCGAGUGUGUGGUUUCCGAGGGAGUUUCCGGCCACCACAAGCCGUUACACGGCGAACCCAAGGUGCGAUUCUUAGCGGAGAUUUCGUUACUCCUGUUUGGUACAGCUUGCACCCUCGGUGUACGGACCUUGGAACGAGGAUUACGAUCUAAGCUACGAGGCGUUCCCCUAUCAGUGAUUUGUAUCUUAUUCACUCCGCUUCGCCACCUAUUAAUUAUGGAUCCCACUGGUGGGAAUGUGCCUCGUCGAACUCGUUCUGGUUUAGGGGGAGGAAUUCAGCAGUUAACUAAUGCUAUACGUAAUGCUUUCACUAAUCGACCGAGUCGCACGUAUAUUGAGAUUGCACGGAGCCAUGGUAUUCCAGAUCUUAACGUAGUUGGGGCUUGUCCGGAGGCCGAGGAGUGGCUUGAGCAGGUGGAGGACACUUUGGAGAGCAUGAGAUGCCCGCAAAAUGAGUGGGUGGACACUGCAACGUAUUUUAUGAAAGGGGACGCUAAACUUUGGUGGAAAUCGGUGAGGCCUCGUCCACCUAAUGAUCCAAUGAAUUGGGUUGACUUCAGGAAGGCUUUCAGCGCUUAUUUCUUGAGUCCCAGUUAUCAGCUUAGGAUGAGGCAACAAUUCUUGGAGUUUCGCCAGGGCGAUUUGAGUAUCACGGAGGUAGACUGUACUUUUCGGCGCCUGGCGAGACAUCACUCAGGGACUUAUGGAAACCCAGGUGAAAUGAUGGUCCAGUUACUGAUUUGCUUGAACCCUGAUUAUCGUGAAGCAGUGGCAGCAAUAAGGCACAGCAGUUACGAAGAGAUGAUUGAGACUUGCUUAAGGAUUGAACAGUCUAGGUGGGAGACUGAGCAUCAGGCACAGGCACAGGCACAGGCGCAGGCGCAGUUACAGUUUCAGGGACCACCAAGGUAUCAAGACCGACCUCGGUACCAGAACCAGAGGGGUCGUGGAUUUCGAUCUCGGAGCGUGAGAGAAGCUGCUAGUUCGUCUAAUUAUGCUGGCCCUCGACAUUCUUUUUCCUUUAAACGUCAAGGCCAGGGUUCAGGUUCUUCUAGCGAAGGCUCAGGCAAUGAAUCUGGGAGAAGAUCCUUCAGUCACUUCAGAUCCCCCAUUACGUGCCACAGGUGUGGAGGCACGGGACAUAUUGCUAGAUAUUGCCCAUCUGAGCGACCCGCCGAGAGUUAUGCUUCUGCGCCGAGUUACAGUGGAGGGAGUAACCCGAGCUCCAGUUAUGGUGGCAAUUUUACUCGAAGCGACGUGGGAAACGGAAGACUUGAUGAGAAAUCAGUAUCCGUUUUUAUUUACUUAAGGUUGUAA